AUAAGUCUCCUUAGUGCACCAUCUCAGCUUCCUUUACUUUACACUUGCACAAUAUCUUCGGUGGGGGGCUGGGACCUACAACAACGUCGCAAUUCAUCAAGUAGGAUCAUCAGUGCCCUCUAAAAACUCUAGGCCCUAUGGAUAAUGACUAAACUACACCUCAAGCGCACUCCUGCAGAAGAAGCAGAGCGAGCACGACGGAAAGCCCGAAAAGCUGCACGAAGGGCCCAUAAAUCGCACACUGUGAGCGACGACCACGACUCAGACUCUCGUCAUGGCUCUUCUGACCGUAAACGUCGUCGGACGCCUGUCAACGUAGACGACGACGACAGCGACGUUUCAUAUGGCCCUCCACCUCCAGAACCUUCGUCAUCCGCACACAAACCUGACUACGACGAGAUACGUGCACAAGUGGAGGAGGAACGGUUUAGAGAGAAGAUGUGGGGUGCAUAUGGAGACGAUGAGCGUUUGGAUUCUGUAGAAGCGAGGUUCAACGACUAUGCACAUGUCCCUCAUCGCUGGAGAGCAGGCGGGACAUAUGAUGGCUAUCCAAAUAAUGAGCCCGCGACAGACCCAAAAUUCAUGGAUGACGACGAGUAUGCAGAGUGGAUAAGAGAGGGAAUGUGGAGGAAAACUCAUGCCCAUGAAUUCGAAGAGCAGGCUCGCAAAGAAAGCGAAAGAGUUGCUCGACGUGCUCGCGAUGCAGAACUGAAAGCAGAGACGAAGCGACUUGAAAAAGCUGCAGAGGAAGCAAGGAGACGGAAGAAGCGGGACAAAGACAGACGGAAAAAUCGCGAAUAUAGACUGGAAUAUGAUCGGCGGUGGAAAGUGUUGUUGGAAGGAAAUGAAUCGUUGGUGUUCGAGGAUAUACCCUGGCCGUCAUUCUCUGUCCGACUACCUGCUGAAAGCAAGUCUCGGGCGAGUGCAGUGAUAUCUGUGGAAGGCCUGACAGCACAGGAAAUAUCCGCCUUUCUUAUACCUGUCUCGACGACAGCUGCUCUGGCACGGGAGGUUGGAGUGGGUUUGCCUCCAGACGAGCGGGAGCGUAAGGAGAGGAAGGAGAAACUUAGAGAGACAAUGCUUCGAUUCCACCCAGAUAAAUUCGAAGGACGGAUAUUGAGUCGAGUUAGAGAGAAAGAUAAGGUCAUUGUGAAGGAAGCUGCCGAGGAAGUUGCGAGAGUUCUUACAACGCUAAUGGGGGGCUAGAUAUCGUGGUCAGCCGCAGACGAGAGCUAGCAUGGGUAAUAACCAAUAUUUUCUACAGUAUAUCGCCUGGCGCAAAUUCAAGGAGCUGCUGGCAAACGCGUCCCUGUAGUUUACCAUAGAAUUCGGUAAUCCUGCCGCACACAAUCAGCAGGCUCCAUUCGAUCGACAGACGCUCGCAGAAAAUGAAGUUUGUU